AUGGAGGCCAGACGAAGAACAGCGCUUUAUGUCUGCUCUGUGCUCUUCAUCCUAACAGACGUCAGCUCCGAGUUCAUCCACCUCCCUUCAUCCAUCCAUCACGGUAUUGAAGGGAAGUCUGUGCUCCUGUCCGUUGAGACUCUCUUCCCUCUGGAUGAUGUUGAGAUCCAGGGAACGUGGUCCCACACCAGGCCGAGUGGCAUCAGGACCACGCUGGUGACGUUUACCAAAGAGACCACAAUCACUGACAUGAUGUACCGCAACCACCUCCUCUUUAGAGAACCCAAUGUGUCUUUGCUAAUCCGGGAAUUGAACGAGGACGAUGAAGGGGAUUACCACCUGAACCUCAACAUAGCGUUUCAUAACAAGACAGGGCUGGUCAUCAAGGAGGAGAGAACUGUGCACGUUACAGUGGAUGUCCCUGUGUCCACUCCAGUCAUUGAGAAGAGCCCAUCAUAUCCGGUUGUCGAGUACAAGGCAAACGUAACUUGGACUUGUUCUGUGGAGAUAGGAACAAGAGUUGUGUUCCAGUGGCUACGGGACAACGUUGCACUAGGUCCGUGUGACAGAUACCACUUCUCCCAAGACAACUCCACAUUGUUAAUCAGUCCUGUGAGGAAAGAGGACAAGGGGACUUACUACUGUGUAGCCAGCAACGCUGUCAGCCAGGGGCGACACAGCAGGGCCAUGGAACUCAACGUCUAUUAUGGCCCUUACAACCUGGAGGUGAACUCAGGCCAGGGCUUGCGGACAGGAGAAGUGUUCACCAUUAACCCUGGAGAGCUGGUCUUCUUUGAAUGCCAGGCUGACUCCAACCCGCCCAACAGCUACGUCUGGAUCUCUAAGAGCCGCAACGCCACCCAGGUCAUCACUGAGGGCCCCCGGAUGGAGGUGCGCUCCUACAGACUGGCCCAGGCUGAAGAGUACCUUUGCCGGGCCUUCAACAACGUGACGCAGAAGCAGAACGAGGCCCAGUUUACUCUGGUGGUGGCCAGUUUAGGAACAGGAAAAGAAAAGCACAACCAAGCUGGGAGCUCUUUUUCAACUCUGGCAGCCAUAACCGUCUGCUCUUUGUUCGUUAUCGGCUGUAUGUUGCUGUUCUUCCUCAGGAUAAACUGCCAUCCUAAGAGAGUGCUUAUGAGCAUUUACAAAAGACCGCUUUCAGAGCAGAAACGACCACAUCGUUCAGGUCAUGAAGAUGCAACAGAAGACUUUGGCAUCUACGAGUUUGUCUCCAUACCUGGGAAAAUGGAAUCAGCACAGGCAUCAUGCAGAUCUCUGGCUCGCCUGGAGUCAGUUCAGGAUAUGCACACCACCAUCUACGAUGUGAUCAGACAUGUUCCUGAAACCCCCAGUCACAGUUUGCUGAUGUAAGCUGAAGAGUUGA